GAGGGCCGGCGAGGGAGGAGCGAGCAGGGUGGGGGCUGCAGCAGGAGCCGCGGCACGGCCGAGUCCUGCCGGGGCCUGAACUUUGCGCCGCCGCGAUGCGCUAAGACGCGCGCCCCGUCCGUGCGCCCUGCCCUGGCCGAGCGCGUCGGCCCCACCGGGGACGCAGAUCGAGCCCCCACAGCGCCGGCCCGCUCCGCUCGGGGGCGGCCAGCAGCAGGAGGCCUCCCGCUCCGCUCCGGGGGGCGCGCGCCAUGGGGCCAGCGGGCGCCCGCGGGAGAGAGCCCCCCUAGAGGAACUGAGCGCCCCGCAACUUGGACAACUUCUUUGCACCCCCUGCCUCCUGCGGCGACUCUGCGGAAUUCCUCCCCGGUGACAACUUGGAGAGACCUUUGCGUUGCGUGGAGUUUUUCUUUGGAGGGGGGAGGAGAUCUGCAAAAAAACUUGGGGGGGGGGUCGGUUUAAUUUCCUCGGAUUUCUCCCGCGCUUCACUGGAGGCGGCCGGGCUGCUUUCGACCCCCCCUUUUAAUAAUUAACCUUCCCGACUUGACCUCAAUUUUGCUUGUCGCCCCCCCCCCUUCAACCGCCGUCCCCUAAGCGGCCCCCUCCGCAGAUUGAUCAAACAUUAACCUUCCCCUCGGUUGCCUCUUCCGCUGUCUUUUCUCCUGACCUCUUUCUGGUCGGGUUUCCUUGGCGUGGGGGGAUUUUUUUGCACGACCCCCCAGACCCUUUUUUUCGUUUUAAGGGGAGCUGCCUGAAACCUAUAACCCCCCCCCCCCCCCCCCCCCGCCCCGGUUGCGCCCGAGGCGCUAUGGCCAUGGUGACCGGGGGCUGGGGAGACCCGAACGGAGACGCCAACGGGGUGGAGAAAGGCUACCCCCGCAAUUCGGAGGACGACUCGGCGUCCCCCCAAGGUGGCACCAGCGACCAGGAGCCCGGCGACGAGGACAAGGCCGGCCUCCAGGUGGACUGCGUGGUCUGCGGCGACAAGUCCAGCGGGAAGCACUACGGCGUCUUCACCUGCGAAGGCUGCAAGAGCUUCUUCAAGCGAAGCAUCCGCAGGAACCUCAGCUACACUUGCAGGUCGAACCGAGACUGCCAGAUCGACCAGCACCAUCGCAACCAAUGCCAAUACUGCCGCCUGAAGAAGUGUUUUCGUGUCGGCAUGAGGAAAGAAGGUAAUACGCCUUUCCCUUCCACCUUGGGCAUUCAUUCGGCAGCUGUUCGUUUCCACACAAACUGCUUUGGAGCUGUCCAAAGAGGUCGGAUCCCUCCCACUCACUCCAGUGCCAGCCCAAACGCCAUGCCCAGCGGGGAAUACUACAAUGGGCAACCCGUUUCGGAACUGAUCUCCCAGUUGCUGAGGGCUGAGCCGUACCCCACUGCCCGUUUCAGCUCACAAUAUGCCCAGCAAGGCAGCGUGAUGGGCAUUGAUAACAUUUGCGAGCUAGCCGCUCGGCUGCUUUUCAGCACGGUGGAGUGGGCCCGGAACAUACCUUUCUUCCCCGACCUGCCAGUCUCGGACCAGGUGGCCUUGCUGCGUCUAAGCUGGAGCGAGCUUUUCGUCCUGAACGCGGCUCAGUCGGCGCUGCCCCUUCACAUGGCCCCUCUGUUGGCUGCGGCUGGCUUUCACUCCUCCCCGAUGUCGGCAGAUCGAGUUGUGUCCUUCAUGGACCAGAUACGCAUCUUUCAGGACCAAGUGGAGAAACUCAAUCGGUUGCAGGUGGACUCAGCCGAAUACAGCUGUCUCAAAGCCAUAGCACUCUUCACGCCAGACGCCUGCGGCCUCUCGGACCCAGCCCACGUGGAGAGCCUGCAGGAGAAAGCCCAGGUGGCCCUCACGGAGUACGUGCGCUCACAGUACCCCUCGCAGCCCCAGCGCUUCGGCAGACUCUUGUUGCGCCUCCCGGCUCUCCGGGCCGUCCCAGCCUCCCUCAUCUCUCAGCUCUUCUUUAUGAGACUGGUCGGCAAGACGCCUAUCGAAACACUAAUCAGAGACAUGCUCCUCUCUGGGAGCACCUUCAACUGGCCUUACGGGACAGGGCAGUGAGGACAAGCCGGAGCGCGCGCACGUCCCUCGACACCACCCCAAGUUUGCCGCUGCCGUGCCGACAGUCUGGAUGUUCGCCGCCACCUCUCCGUCAUGGAUUCAAGUCGUCAAGGUUUGUGCCGCUUGUAGGCACAAGACUUCCUGGGAUGUGGAUUUCCUCCUUGGGGGCAACAAGGGAAGUCCCGCCUCUCGUGUGUCGAGAGAGACCAAGGUGGGCUGGAUUUUGGUUUGGUGGUUUUCUUUUCUUCUGCAAAAAAAGGGAAAAAACCCCCGUAAUAUUCUAUUUUGUUUUUCUUCUGGGCUUUGAUUCCUUUCCAUAUGAUGUCGAAUACUCAAGGGUUUCUCUGCCUUGAUUUCUUUUCCUCUUCUCUAAGUGUUCAGCUUUGUCCUUUUUGCAUGUUUUAAAGAACUGAGAGCUGGCAGUCCCAGGUUGAAAUGCUACCAUAUUUCAAAUCUAAAAUAUCUGUAUUUUUCUUUGGCCCAUCUUCCUCCUUCCCUUUCCCAGAACAAGGUCUAUGGGGGCUAUCUUCGCCACCUUGAGCCAAACACCUAAUUCUAUCAAUUGUUUCUGGUAGAGUAAUUUUGUUUUGGGAGUAAGCCCAAAACUAGGAUGCAUUCUCUUAGACUCUCGGAGUCUGGGUCGGGUUGGAUUUUGUUUCGUGAGCCAGCAAUUGUCAUUCAUAGGUAGACUGCUUCCAAACCUGGAGAUUCUUCUGAGCUACUGUGUAUUUAAAGCUUGGUUGAAAGUUUGAAACUUUUUUUCCUCCACAAAGAAGAAGAGUUGGAUUUGUAUCCCCUCUUUCUCUCCUAUAAGGAGACUCAAAGGGGCUUAUAAACUCCUUUCCUUUCCCCCCUCACAACAAACACCCGGUG